AUGGCCAAGAAACUAGUCUUAAAACUAGGAAUACGCGAUCACAAAGAGAAACAGAAGGCCAUGAAAGCAGUUUCUAGCCUUUCAGGGAUUGAAUCUUUGGCUAUGGACAUGAAUGAGAAGAAAUUAACAGUAGUUGGGGAUGUUGAUCCAGUUGAAGUUGUGGGGAAAUUGAGAAAAUCAUGUCACACAGAAAUACUGACAGUUGGUCCAGCAAAAGAACCUGAAAAGGAAAAAGAGGAUGAAAAAAAGGAUGAUGCCAAAAAAGAUGGUGAUAAAAAGGACGAGAAAGAACAAAUUGAAGAACUUGUCAGGCUUUACAAGAAUUACAAUCCUCAUUGUACACAGUACUACCAAGUUUACUGUUUCGAGGAGAAUCCAAAUGCUUGUGUUAUUUUUUGA